AGUCUGCAUUGGUCCUUGGACGACGGAUAGCCUUGAUCUCCCUCCUCAUCUAUAUCUGAAAGCUCGACACAAUGGUCCGCGGAACCGGCAAGUUCAAGCAGAAACGCGGAGGUGGACGCUCGUUCAGUAAGAACCUCGUACUAGACGAAAAUGGUACCGCCGUAUCCGCCGAUCAACGAUGGCGCAAGAAGGAAGACGGCUCGGACGAAGAGUCGGAAGAGGAAGAAGAAGAAGAAGAGGAGGAGGAGUCAGAAGAGGAAGAAGAGGACGCCGCAGCAUCAGGACCGCAACAAGAGCUCAGCCGCGCCGAACGCCGCGCACUGAAGGCCCAGCAAAAGAAGAAACCGGCGGUGGUGAAGGAAGAAGGCGAAGAGGACGGCGACGAUCCCCUCGAGGCCAACUUGAAUCGUGCCGCCGGCCGCAGCUUGAAGCUGAGCGAGAUCGACCAGCCGAGGGAGUUAACUCGCCGCGAGCGCGAGGCUAAAGAAAAGAAGGAUGCGCAAGACAAGUACUGGAAGCUGCACGAACAAGGCAAGACUGACCAAGCGAAGGCCGACCUCGCUCGUCUCGCCAAGAUCCGUGCUGAUCGCGAGCAAGCCGCCGCAAAGCGCAAGGCCGAAGCUGAGGCCAAAGCCGCCGAGGUCGAGGCCAAGAAGAAGGCGCAGCUUCAGGGAAAACGCAUAUAAUCAAGGUCGUUCCGGUUUCCUCGCUUUCGCACGAUACUCUUCGGAAUACGAGCCCUUGCGAACAGCUGUACCAACAGAUCCGUAUAACGUGGCGAUUUGAAUCCAAUUGUGCUUGUACUGGCCAAAUAAUCGUCCUUGUCACCGAAGGAUCGCGCCGACGCGACAGCCUGGCAGUAUCACGAUCCGCGGCCCAAGUCAAUGCAAGGAUGCCUUCUCGCCCGUGAACAUAUGCAUCGGGUUUAUAACUAACUUGCUGAGCUUUCAUGCAUGUCAUAGAUCAAGAACAGAACAAAGCGAGGGCUUUAGGGACAACAACUUUCCGACUCCCCCGAAGCGUAAGCGUAGGUGGGGGCGGUUUUCAGUAUGGGCUAUGUCACAUGUUACUUCGUUUCCCAUCCGCCAAAAAGUGACAAAAACGUGAUUUUUGUCACGGAUUCGUGACAUGGCUUGAGGCUGGUUUGGAUAGCGAUGGACGCAGCACUUUGUGUAUGUGUGGGAAAUGCUGGGAUGAAGUG